AUGGUGUGGUGGCACGCAACACUCUCCCUAAGUGUUGCGGGGGCGGCCUACGCGCUUUGGCUCGCUAUAUAUCGGCUAUGGCUUUCACCUAUUGCUCACUUCCCGGGACCCAAAUUGGCCGCCCUCACAAUGUGGUAUGAAUUUUACUACGAUUCGUUCCUAGAAGGUCAAUACACCUUUCGAAUCGCCGAGAUGCAUCGGAAAUAUGGCCCAAUCGUGCGAAUCAGCCCUUACGAGCUACACAUUGACGAUCCUGAAUAUUAUGAAACACUGUACUCUCGAGAUGCCCCGCGAAAUAAGUCAUUGCAUUUGACAGGGAUGUUUGGGGCACCGGCUUCCGCAUUCGGCUCAGUCGACUAUCGGUCUCAUCGGAUACGGCGUCAACCAAUGAAUCCAUUCUUUUCCCAGCAACGAAUCCGACGUCUGGAGCCAAUGCUUCGGGGCAUGGUUGACAAAUUAUGCAAUGGUAUGCGCGCUUGGAAGGAUAGACAUGCUCCACUACAUGUGUACCAUGCGUUUAAUGCUUUCACCACAGACGUAGUCGUGGAAUACACUAUGGGAGAGUCAUUUCACUAUCUUGAUGACCCUGAUUUCAGCCCACAAUGGUCCAAAACAAUCCAGGCCAUCGUGCAUGCAGGCAUUCAAUUCAAACAAUUUCGCUGGAUGAUAAGUCUGUUCGAGCUACUCCCACGAUGGCUCGUCGUUAGCAUCAACCCCGACAUCGGGCCGGUUAUCGACCAGAAAAUUGAAAGUAUGCGCCUAGCUAGCUUGGUCAUUGACAGCCAAACCUCCGACAGCAUUUUCAAAGGCGAUAGAGCAAGUGUGCCCAAAGGCACAUUAUUUCAUGCUUUUCUGGAAAGCACGCUCCCACCAGAAGAGAAAGCAGCUGAUCGCUUAAGCCAAGAGGUUUUCACUGUUGUUGUGGCUGGUGGAGAAACGACUGCCAAGAAUUUGGCCACCAUCACCUUCCACCUCCUGAAUAAUCCUAAAAAGCUUCAGAAACUACGCGAGGAACUAAAUCGCCUGGAUCCCGAUGGGACGGCGUCCUUGGUGGAAUAUGAGUCAAUGCCUUACCUGACUUCUGUUAUGCUAGAGGGCCUCAGGAUCACAAACGCUGUUGCAACGCGGCUUCAACGUAGCUCGCCAGAUCUGCCUAUGAGUUAUAAAGAUUGGGUCAUUCCUCCUGGGGUGCCGGUCGGUAUGACGAGCUUAUUUAUACACCAUAACGAAGACAUUUUCCCUGAUUCGCAAAGAUUUGUCCCUGAAAGAUGGAUGGAUCCAACGCAAAGGAAACAUCUCGAAAAGUACCUGGUCGCCUUUAGCAAAGGGUCGAGGCAGUGCAUCGGCAUUCCUCUCGCGAAGGCUGAAAUACUUUUGGCAGUCGCCACAAUUUUCAGAGAAUUUGAGAUGGAGCUGUACAAAACUACAAUUGAUGAUGUCCGUAUUGCGCGUGAUAUGUUCAACGGCCAUCCGAGAAAAGGGAGCUCAGGCGUUCGCGUCAUGAUUAAGGAGUGGAAUGGACGCCCAAGUUCGAGCAAGAACUCCCCCGUUCCAUGA